AUGCUGAAAGUGAGGAGCCUGAGACUUCGGCUGCAGUACUCCAGUAGCCUCCAGUACUACAGAAACUCAGCUGGCAGUCAUUACUACUGCAUAGUUGAGCUGUAUGUCUACAAUGGAAAAAGGCUGACUGGUUGUCGCUACUGUCAGGUGUACCUGAGGAACACAAGCAAGGUCUUCAACCUCUGCAGACACAGUUUAGUCAGUUCAGCAGCUCACCUGUUCAGGGCGUCGGCCCUCCUCCUGCGGCAGAGACGCUCCCACAAACGCGGCAAACGCGGUGGUCAUCUGGUGAGGCUUAAGACAUCCCUGGCUCGCUUCUCCUCGCUUUUCCAACUGGGAUCUGGAUCCUACGCGAUGCCCUGGCGUUCCCUGGAUCCUCCUGAUGUCUGCCUUGUACCUGUCACUGGCUUUGUGGGCCAACCCCGCCGCUCCUCUUCUCCUCGACUCCGUCGGCGCGGGGUGAAUCCCGGGAAUCUGAGGAUUUGCCGUGCAGCUGAUCACGCUGUGGUAGCCCGCCUGGCUAGGUUGGCUAACCCCGUCACCACACUCCACCUCGGUCUGCUCAACAUCCGUUCUCUUACAAACAAGGGGGAUCUCAUCCAGGAUCUCAUCUCGGACUAUUUCACUCUUCCAUCCCCAUCUGAUGUUUCUGAACUGAUUCUGAAAUCCAAACCUUCCACCUGCCUGCUCGACCCUCUCCCUACAGUCCUAGUCAAAGCUUGUCUCCCUUCAUUGGUUCCUCACAUUACUGCCAUCAUUCAUUCCUCCCUCACCACCAGAUAUGUUCCACUAGCCUUCAAGACUGCUGCUGUCACUCCGAUCAUCAAAAAACCUGGUGCUGAUCCAUCUGACUUCAAUAACCUUCGUCCCAUUUCCAAUCUUCCCUUUCUCUCCAAAAUUCUGGAAAAGGUUGUCGCCUCUCAGCUCCACAAACACCUCACUAACAAUAACCUUUAUGAACAAUUCCAGUCUGGCUUCCGUCCUUUACACAGCACAGAAUCUGCUCUGCUAAAAAUCACCAACGACAAGCUGAUGGCAGCUGACUCCGGUCUUCUCACAAUCCUCAUCCUCUUAGAUCUCAGUGCAGCAUUUGACACCAUCUCACACAACAUUCUCCUCAAUAGACUGGCAGCCCUUGGUGUUUCUCAUACUCCUCUCACUUGGUUCUCCUCCUAUCUCUCUAACCGCACACAGUUUAUUCAACUCAAGACCCACACUUCAGAGUCACUCCCUGUCUCGGCCGGUGUACCCCAGGGAUCAGUCCUGGGCCCUCUUCUGUUCAUCACAUAUCUUCUCCCCCUUGGCUACAUUUUCCGUAAACAUAAUAUCAACUUCCACUCCUACGCAGACGACACCCAGCUCUACAUCUCCUCCAAACCACACUCCUCUCUUCCUCCUUCCUCUCUCUCCGACUGCCUCCAGGAAAUUAAAGCAUGGUUCUCCUCCAAUUUUCUCAAACUCAACAGCAGUAAAACUGAAGUUCUACUUGUUGGCACGCCCUCCACUCUAACCAAAUCUCACAGUUUCUCCAUCAACAUUGACAGUUCUACCAUUUUCCCCUCCCCUCAGGUCAAGAGUCUCGGCGUCAUUCUCGACAGCACCCUAUCAUUUCAAGCCCACAUCAAUAGCAUUACUCGGUCUGCCUACUUCCACCUUCGUAAUAUCAAUCGUCUACGCUCUUCACUCACUCCACAUGCUGCUGCAAUCCUUAUCCAUAGUCUUGUCACAUCCCGCAUCGACUACUGUAACUCACUCCUCUUCGGUCUUCCCAAUAAAUCACUCCAGAAACCUCAGCUUCUCCAGAACUCUGCUGCUCGUAUCCUGACUCGCACCUCUUCCUUUCAACAUAUUUCCCCUGUCCUUCAACAACUUCACUGGCUCCCAAUAAAAUACAGAAUUAAUUAUAAGUUACUGGUCCUCACUUUCAAAGGUAUUCACCAUCUGGCCCCUCCUUAUCUGUCUGAUCUCCUCCAUAUUGCCACUCCCUCCCGUGCUCUCAGGUCAUCCUCCUCCAUUCACCUUACUGUUCCCUCUGCCCGUCUCUCUACCAUGGGGAGCAGAGCUGCUCCCCAGCUCUGGAACUCACUUCCAUCCGAGAUUAGGAACAUCAACUCCCUUCCAUCAUUCACAUCUGCACUCAAAACCCACCUGUUUAAACUAGUUAGAACAGGCAUCACUGGCUCAGCUCUGCAGUGGUCCAGGUCCUCGCUCUCUGAUCUGAGUUUGUGUGUCAUGAUGGAUGCUCAAGCUCAGCAGUACUGUUUUAUGUGCAUUGAUCUACAGUAUGGUCCCACUUAA